UAUCCACAUCUCUCCAAUAUGGCUCCUGGAAUUCUGCAAACCAACCAUAGCGAUGCCGAACCACGGCCGUCCAAGAAAGUCAAGCUCUCUGCAGCUGAAGUGAACCACGACGGCGACGACGACGACUCAUCCGAAGACCUGGCUACUGCCGUUCCUACCCACCCACUACACAUCAAACCAGCCGGAAACGCCUACACGGCGUCUGAGAAUCUCAAGACUUACUGCGGUUCGUUUUGCCAGCUACCGGACGAGGUUCUGAGUGUUGUACUUGAGUCAUUCGAUGCCGAUACUCUUGUACGUCUGGGAAGCACGUGCCGGGCCUUGUACGCAUUCACUCGUCUCGAAGAGCUGUGGCGAGCUUUGUUUGUCAGCUCCCCACCGAAAGACUUUGAAUGGCGCGGUACUUGGCGAGCCACCUACCUAGGAAUCCCGCCAGAGCACGUAACCGCAAUCUCGUGCCAAAACCUCUUCUCAGAUGUUCUCUACCGACCUUUUCAAUGUGCAAACAUCCCCCUCGAACCUUACACCUCCAACAUACCCGCGCAAAACGCCAUCCCCCGCCUUGAGGACCUCACACCAGAAGACUACGCGGCAAACUGGGCCAGCAAACCUUUUAUCCUGACGUCGCCCGUCAAGCAAUGGCCCGUCUACGGGAAAUGGACCCCAUCAACUCUCCUCGACCAAUUCCCAGACGUGCUCUUCCGCGCUGAAGCAGUAGACUGGCCGUUGCGAACAUACAUGUCGUACCUGCGCAACAGCAACGACGAAAGCCCCCUCUACCUCUUCGACCGAGACUUUGCCUCCAAAACCGGCAUAAAAGUCGGCACCUCGACGUCGACCUCCAACGACGAAAGCCAAGCAGCAUACUCGCCUCCCCGCUGCUUCGGCGCAGACCUCUUCAUAGUCCUCGGCCCGCACCGCCCAGACUCGCGCUGGCUCAUCCUCGGCCCCGCCCGCAGCGGCAGCACCUUCCACAAAGACCCCAACGCGACAAACGCCUGGAACGCCGUCCUCACCGGCUCAAAAUACUGGCUCAUGUUCCCUUCGUCCCCCUCCCUCCCCCCGCCCCCCGGCGUCUUCCUCUCCCCAGACCACUCCGAAAUCACCUCCCCGCUCUCCAUCGCUGAGUACCUCCUCACCUUCCACCAACUCGCCAGGCAGACCCCCGGCUGCAGGGAGGGCAUCUGCAACGAGGGCGAGGUCCUGCACGUCCCCAGUGGCUGGUUCCAUCUCGUGCUCAAUCUGUCCGAUUCGUUGGCGCUGACGCAGAAUUUCGUGCCCAGGGCUAAAGUCGCUGAUGUGCUUGGGUUUCUGAGGGAUCGGAGGGAUCAGGUCAGUGGGUUUCGAGAGGAUGUUUGCGGGAGGGCUUAUGAGCUUUUUGUGCAAGGGUUGACGAGGGAGAUGCCGGGCGUUGUGGAGGAAGGGUUGGUCGAGUUGGAGAGGAGGGAGGGCAAGGGGAAGACGAGGUGGGAGGUUUUGACCAAGAAAGAUGGGGAUGGGGAGGGAGGAGGUGGCGGGUUUAGUUUUGGGUUUGGGUUUGAGGGCGAGGAUGGCGAGGUGCCGUGA